CGCCGCGAUGUUGGUGUCUGUGCUGCUGAAGUUCCUGUACCCGCCGCCGGUGAGCGUGGUGAUAACGGCGAUGUCGGUGAUCAAUGUGCUGUCGAUGAGCAACGCGGGGUGGAUGGAGGCGAAGGGGAAGAAUAUGCAGUACUCGAAGCUGCUGCGCUUGGACGACGACAAGGCGAAGGAGAAGCCUAGAGUUUCCGGAAAAGUAGGGAUGAUCGCAGUCUACACGCCGGCGUUUUUGGCCGGAGUUGUCUCUCUCGUCGCCUUACCUCUCGGAGAUCUGCGGUUCACACUGCUCCGUGGUGCUAUCACCACACAUUUCUUCAAGCGACUCGUUGAGGUUCUAUUCGUUCACAAAUACAGUUCAAUGAUGGAAACCGAAGCCAUGUUCGUCAUCUCCACGGGCUACUUCCUCUCCUCGGCAACCAUGAUCUACAAUCAACAACUAAUGCUACAACUCCAAGAGCCUUCUAUCGAUCUCAAAUACAUAGGAGUGGCAUUAUUUUUAGUGGGAAUUGGUGGGAAUUUCUACCACCAUUUUCUUCUAUCAAAAUUGAGAAGCAAAGGUGAAAAACAGUACAAAAUUCCACAAGAUGGCCUCUUCUCUCUAGUGAUAUGCCCCCACUAUUUAUUCGAAAUCAUUGGAUUUUGGGGAAUUUCUUGCAUUUCACAGACAGUUUUUUCGGUUAGUGUUGGUCUCAGUACAACCUUUUAUUUGAUGGGUAGGAGUUAUGCCACUAGAAGAUGGUAUCAAUCCAAAUUUGAGGAUUUUCCUAAAGAUGUGAAGGCUUUGAUUCCUUUUAUAUUUUGAGAUAUGAGUAUAUGUUAGAUUUGUUCGUCCAUUAUUUUUCUUAUGUAAGAAUUUCUGAUUGAUCAUUUUGCUUUUGUCAUUUAUUGAUUUAAAUAUAAAUGAAUAGAAAUUUAAAGGA